GAAGUAUUUCAUGUUGGGGGUUAAGGUUAGAUUUAGAAACACGGAUCAGAUUCUAGAUCGUAGAUCUUUUAUUAGAUUGGAGGGGUGGGGAAAGUGUAGAGAGGCGGCUUUGCAAGCGCAAACGAAAGCCCCUCCUUCCCUUGAGGGGGUGGCGUGACAGCACUGACAGGGGCGAGAAGAAAGAAAUAGGAGAUCGAUUGAGCCAAAAAAACCAAAAACAAAUGGGGGUGUUUUCCAAUAAGAUUGCAAGGGAGGAUCUCAAACCUGGUGAUCACAUCUACUCAUGGCGCACCGCCUACAUCUACGCCCAUCACGGCAUAUAUGUGGGAGAUGGCAUGGUCAUCCAUUUCACACGUGCAGCAGGCCAGGAGAUUGGCACUGGAACCAUUCUAGAUCGAAUAAUUUUCAGCUGCUCUCCAUCAAAUGUUGGUGCUUCUUGUGAAAUAUGCGGUGAUCAGAGCAUGAAGCAGGGUGUAAUCAGCUCUUGUGUGGACUGCUUCCUAGCUGGGGGAGAUCUCUAUAUUUUCCACUACUCAGUUUCUCCCAUUUUUUUUAUUGCUAAAGCUCGCGGGGGGACCUGUACACUUGCUGCUUCUGACCCUACAAGUGACGCCCUCCAUCGCGCAAAAUAUCUCCUCAAUAAUGGCUUUGGGAUGUAUAGCCUUUUCAAGAACAACUGUGAGGACUUUGCAAUUUAUUGCAAGACAGGUUUACUUCUGGUGACCUCCUUCAGUGUGGGACGAAGUGGUCAGCUGACAUCCCUUGCGGCUGCUGUUUCUGCAGUUGCAGCUUCGCCUCUUCGUUUCAUGACAAUGAGUGCUGGUGGAUUAACAAUGGUCGCGGGUGGCAUGUACUGCAUUGGGCGCUAUGUCUCUGACAUUGGUGUUAGAAGAGAUGUUGUGAAGAUUCCUGUUGAAAGGCUUGUAGCAGAGUCAACCCCUCAUGAACCUGAAACAGCUCCUCCGGCACAAGCCAAUCACUGAAGUACUAGCGGGCACCUGUGAAUUUCAUGUUGGAAUGUGGUUUCGUGUUUGUUAUCUGCUAUGUGUAUUUCAAGUUCAAUUGAAAUAGAGACAUACAGGAUGUUGUCAAAAUUUCUGUUUCUGUCA